AUGUCAACUUCAAAAAAAUCCUCUGUCAAAUAUGUUGAGGAUGAAUGUACCGAUUAUGAACCUCCAAUGUUUCAUACCAGAACUAUCAACUACAAUCACCGCGUUGAUCCUAUAACGGUAACCGUUUCAAUCAAUGGGAACAAAAUUCCUAUGGAACUAGACACUGGAUCUUCUGUAUCUUUAAUACCAGAGAGCAUGUACAAAGAACAAUUCACUGAUGUGCCACUCAAGAAAACUCCAGUACGUUUGAAAACUUACUCAGGUGAAUGUAUCACACCGCUGGGAUCAUUGAAUGUGUCCGUCAGUGUUCACAACCAAAAAGGAAACGUUGAUUUACUCGUCUUACCCCAGAAAGGACCAGCAUUAUUCGGUCGGGACUGGCUACAGAAGUUCAAGCUUGAUUGGCAUGAAAUCAAAGUACUUGAUGUACUGAAAUCAACUACAAGUAAAGAUCAGAAGCUAAAAGCAAUAUUGGAUAAACAUCAGCAAGUAUGCUCAGAAGGUCUAGGGAAACUACAGAAUAUUAAAGCUACUAUCUACAUGGAGGACAGUGCACAACCCAAGUUCCAUAAAGCUAGGACAGUGCCUUAUGCUUUAAGAGGUAAGGUGGAAACUGAACUUGAGAGACUUGAGAAUGGAGGAAUCAUCAGUCCGGUACAACACAGCAACUGGGCCUCUCCUAUUGUUCCAGUACUGAAGAGGUCGGGACAAGUACGUAUUUGUGGAGACUACAAGGUAACCAUCAACCCUGAAAUGAAGGUGGAAAAAUAUCCGCUACCACGUAUAGAAGAUGUAUUCGCAUCGCUGUCUGGAGGUGAGAGGUUUACUAAAAUCGACCUGACACAGGCCUAUCUCCAGAUGGAGGUAGAUGAGACUUCCAAAGAACUGUUAACGAAUCAAUACCCACAAAGGUUUGUUCGAAUACAACAGACUUCCUUUUGGAGUAGCCUCAGCCCCUGCUAUAUGGCAAAGAGCUAUGGAUCAAAUACUACAGAAUAUACCAUUCACAUCAUGCAUACUUGA